CUUCAUAAGAGGUUUGUGUCGUUCAAAAGAUUAAAACUUUUAAUUGUAGAAUUAUUGUGCACAAACUGCUGUUCCUUAAAGGAUUACAGGACGAAUAUGAACUAAUCUUUGGUUCGUUCGAUGGCAUGUCUGUUUCUAUAAGACAUCUGCACAUAACUCAUGGAACUACUUUUUGUCUUUUGGCAGUCAUUUCACUGUUUGGAUUUUUCAUCAGCUUCCAGCUAAUACUAUAUUCACCAAAAGCUGCAAUUUGUUAUCCAAAGUCAAACAUUGUUUUCUUGAAAACACAUAAGUGUGCUGGUUCAUCGAUACAAAAUAUCCUAAUGCGCUAUGGAGACACACGGAAUUUAAACUUCGCACUUCCAGCAACAACCAAUUACCUCGGACAUCCUCAACUUUUCGAUCGGUCCCAGAUUAUGCAGCCAAGACCACCUGUUUUCAACAUCCUGACCCACCAUACCCGCCUGAAUUUCACGGAAAUUAAAGAUAUCAUGCCCAACAACACUAUAUUCAUUACCAUCCUCCGAGAUCCAGCUAAGCUUUUUGAGUCCUUGUUUUACUAUUACGGCUUUGAUUUGCAGUUCAAAAGCUUACGAAACUUCUUGAAAGUUGGCAAGCAGUAUGAAGGGAAAAGAUUCGGUGGCAGAAUCGGGUUUAACCAGAUGAUGUUCGAUCUGGGUGCUGAUCCUGUUAUCUUUGACAACGAGACGAUGGUUCGUCAAUACUUAAAGAAGAUAGAGACUUGGUUCGAUUUGGUCCUUGUGGCAGACAGGAUGGACGAAUCUUUAGCUAUGCUGCGGCAGUUGCUAUGUUGGGACUUUAACGAUGUCGUUGUGUUCAAGGUCAAUGCAAGAACAAAGAGAUUUAAGAGUGAGUUAUCGGACGAAGAAAGAAAACUGCUAAAGCAAUAUAAUCAAGCAGACGUUAUAUUGUACAAUCAUUUUCUCAAUGUGUUUGACAGAAAAGUAAAGGAGUUUGGUGAGGAUAACAUGGCCAGUGAAAUGACUGAAUUGAAACAAAAAGUAAAACAGUGGUACGACACUUGUAUAGAUGAAAGCAAAACUUCGGAAAGUGUUAAAGCAGCAAAUAACGCAUAUUACAACCCUCGGAUAGAACUACUGAGAUCAAAAAAGGAAUUUAAUAACGAAACAUGCGAUUUAUUGACUCGAUCUGAACUUGAUUAUACUGAAAUUCUGAGGGUUAAGCAAAAAACAAAGUUCAAUGAAAAAAUGAAAUUAUAGCUUAAGAAAACUAAAAAAAGAAAAGAAACCGGGCCUUUAUAUAAUUUUUUUUUUAACCUCAAAGUUGACUGUUUGUUUUAUAUAUAUUUUUUUCAAGUGCUAUUUUAGGAUUAUUUUUCAAGCAAUGUUGCUUCUGCAAAAACUUUAAGAAUUCGUGAAAUAGUAUUACAAUUCCCCUGUAACUGUUUCUGUUUCUCACUUUUUUUACUCUAAUACUAGUUCUCUUUAUCAUUUUAGAACCAAACUCGACAUUUUUUUUCUUUUAAUUUAACCGAAAUUGUUCCUAAUUUUUAAAAUCAGGUUAA